GGGUAACUACUCAGUGCCUCGGUCGCGGCCCCCCCGGUCAAGACGUCAGGAUAUAUACCGUCCGCCGCGGCAGCUUAACCUGUUUCUUUCUCCUUAUUGUAUUCCAUCUGUCUGUGAUGUAUGAUGGGUGAUCAUCCAGCGUCGUCCCUGCCGCCGCGCUGGUGUCGUUGGCCUCAGCGGGAACUCGACCUCCGUCUGGCGGAACUAGGCCUGGUCAUCAAUGCGCCCGAGCCCGCCGUGAUCUGCCGCCCGUGCGGCUAUGCCUUGCAGCCAAACGGCGAAUGCGUGACACGGCAUCUCGCCGACAAGCACAGCAUCCAGAAGCGGUUGCGACACGGCUUAACCGCGUACAUCCACUCCCUACGUCUUCCGGAUCCGAAUACACUGCCCCUCCGACCCGAUUGGUCACCGGCCCACCUGAACCUAGCACCCCGUACGGGCGUCGCCUGCCGGCAUUGCAGCUAUCGGACGACCAGUGUCGAUCUUGUUACGCGGCACCUGGCGAAAGCCCACAACCGCCGCCGCCCCCAGAGGCAGAAGGGCUGGCUGCGCGACGAAAUCUUCCAGGGCGUCGUCCUACAAAGUUGGACGCAAAUCGGCGCCCGCGGGUAUUGGAUUGCUACCCAGGGCCCGUCCGUGUGCGAACGACCAGAAGCCGCUUCCGCCUGGCUGCGGGACCAGGCCACACCCGAGCAGAGGGCGGCCAUUGAUCAGCUUAACCAAGCCGAACGGGACCGCAUGGCCGCCGACUCGGCUGCGGCCCAGCAGACCGAUGGCACUAGCACCCCUGAUCUGGCCCUUCACACGAAUUGGAUGCGGCGGACUGGCUGGCUGAGAACCUUCGACGGAGCGAGCCGCGACGUUCUCGUCAGGCUCGCCCUACCGCCGUGCCCAGAAGGCGACGGCCUGCGCCUCAGUGCGCCCGGAAGCCAGGUACAGAUCUGGAGCGCCCGCGAGGACGAAGAGCGGUUGAACCGGAUCGCGUCAGCGUUGCGCGGGCUCCAGGGCCGCUGUGAGGACACGGCGCGGCACACAGACCUGUCGAUCCGGUUUUGGCUUCGCAGCUCCGACCCGACGCGUCCACACAGAGCCCCGUUUGAGAUCGUGGCCCGCCAGACUACGGCCCAGGCCUACUGGCGGCUCUUCUUGAGAUUCCUAUGCUUCUCGUUCCGGCUUUGGCGUCUGCCAGAGGUCGCUCGAGCCUCCCUAUGCCGAAGAUCGUUGACGGAGACUCAGCAUAUUGCCUUGCGCGCGGCUUGGUCCGCGCUCGGGGAGGAAUCCCGAACGCGAAAUGAACGGGGCGCCGAGUACAUAAGCGCGGCAGUGGACGAGUCGAACGCGGCGCAGUCUGGUAGUUGGAGCGACGACGACGGCCGCGAUGACACUGACGAUUCGGGUAUCGGGACCGAGGCAGACGACACUCGAAUCCCCCCACGGGUUUCUGUUUCGCGGUGCAUCGGUCGAAAUCCCGUUGCCGACGACAACGGCGACGACGACGACCUGGGUGGGUCCGACGACGAUGAGAAUGACGCAACCGACCAGAUUGAGUCUGACUCCGACUAUGGAGAAAGCGAGCAUGCAGCGUCUAGCAUGGAGGACGAGUCUGGCACCGCGUCAGAUCCAUACUACCAAGACAUCCUAUUGCGGCUCGCUGGGUUCUUGGUUACCGAGCCGUUUCGAGGCGGCCAGGCUUCCUCUACCCUGCUCGUCUACUUCAGCGGCGUCAUAGGGCUCAGCGCAGACGGAUCUACCUAUAUGAGACCCUUACAGUACACGCCAAAACUCUCUGCGUUGAUCUAUUGCGCCCGCCUAAUCCUCUUGGAGACAGUUCUUCCGCGGUUCUCCCACGAUCAUAUUCGAAUACCAGCCCGACCAGACCGGCAUCAAGUCGAGCGACUGAAUAAGGUCCGGCUGAAAGCAUUCUGCAUGGGUUGCCAGGCCCCCGUUAGCGAGCUGCUCAGUCUUCGAUGCUAUGGCCGUAAGCUAGCGCGGACGGAUGGGCCCGUCUUCCGUUUUCAAUGGAGCGAUGACGGCCAGGUCUUGUCGUGGGAGGAAGGCCGUAUCUCGAUGCAGCAGUUUCGAGCUCUCUCGCAUGAUUUGCUUCAAUCCGUCACCUCAUCGACACGCCGCCUGAUGUACGACUUAGCGCCACGGUUCGAUCUCCGUACCGUCCGAGAUAGGAUGUCUACGGUUGCAAAAGGCUACUCAUUUGUCACCGAACCAGCGAAUCGCCUACAAGAUGCCUUCUUAGCUCUGUCUGAGCGUGCCUGCCUCUCCCGCCUGGAUGGGCUUAUCGG